AUGUUUGCGAAGCUUUUCACAGAGGCCAGUGGAGCUGAACAAGAAUCUUCAGAACCAAAACCAGUCAAUGAGAAGAUGAUAAAUUUAGAAGGGACCGUGGUGACCAUCUACUUGAAGUACAAACUCUCCUACUUUUUGUUGCUGUGUUUUCACAAACUGAAAAAGUUGAUCCAUAAUUCUCUGAGUAACCAAAGCGGCAAGAGGCUGACUGAUCACCCGGAGUAUGAACAUUUGACCUGCCGCUAUCAGAGAAAGGGACUGCAAGAGAAAGGUUGGGCCUGCUGCCCAGAGCACUGGAAAGUAUUUAAUACCAGCUGUUACUUUAUCUCUUCCGAAUGGAAAACUUGGCAUGAGAGCCAGAAGACCUGGUCUGGGAUGGGAGCUCAUCUGCUGAAUUUCAUCACCAGGAACCUGGAUAGUUUAUCUGCUUACUAUGUGGGGCUGUCAGACCCAGAAGGGAAGAACCAGUGGCAAUGGGCAGAUGGCUCACCGUACAACGAGAGCACCACAUUCUGGCGUCCUGGUGAACCCAGUCAUCGUGAUCAGCGGUGUGUUAUGAUAAAUUCUGUUAGAGGAGGCUGGGGCUGGAAUGAUGGCCGUUGUGAUGCUCAUCAAAGAUCAAUUUGUGAGAUGAAGAAGGUCUACUUUUGA